CAACAGAGGGGCCACAAGCUGCUCCUGUCAGCCGGACUCUGCCUGACACAGCGCGGAGCCUGUGGACAACAUGCCGUCUGUCACCGUGGCCACCCUGCUGACUCUCUCCACACUGUGUGGCUCCGCAGUGGUAUCAAGAGCUCUCCAGCCCCCCAGAAAUGUCAGGAUCACCUCCCACAACAUGGAUCUGGUUCUGAGAUGGGAUCCACCUGAAGGCGCUGCCAGUGGCCUGUUCUACACCACAGAGUACAAUACGUCAGUCAGUGUCUAUAAAGUGGGCUGUCUGCACAUCACCGCCCUCAGUUGUGACUUCACCAGCCUUAACCACCACAUCACUGUGUAUGGACAGUAUACAGCCAGAGUGAGGGCGGAGCUGGGAGAAGAGAAGUCUGCCUGGGUGGAGAGUACCCAGAUCACCAUGGACAGAGAUACCAUGAUUGGUCAGCCCAAUGUAUCUCUCAUCUCCAGCAAGUCAAAUAUUGAAGUGAGCAUCGAAGAUCCAGAGUUCAGGAUAUCUGAGCUCAGACAUGCAUAUAACUAUGCCACCUACAACAUCACCUACUGGAAGGAGGGACAGGAGGAAAAGGCAGAGAGCAUAAGCAACAUCCAGCAGAACCGUGUGAUUCUGGACAAGCUGGAGCCCUGGACCAGGUACUGUGUCCGAGUCCAGAUCAACACACAGAGGAACCUGAACCCCAGCGAGCCCAGCAGCGUCACCUGUGAGAGCACUGACAGCGAAGAGUCUCCAUGGGUGGCGGCUGUGGUGACAUUUGUUGUCAUGGCAAUGUUGGUUACUCUGGCUGUGGUUGCGGUGGUGCAUCGGAAAAAGAUGUCCCACUUUCUCUGUCCCAAGGACUCACUGCCCCAGCACUUCAAGAAGCACCUGCUGGAACACCCCAGUUCCUCCAUCUACUUGGCUAUGCGGGACUCCCACCCACCUGAAGAGGUUUACGACCAAGUGAGCGUUAUUGCAGAGGGGAAUCCCAUGGAGGAAGAGCGCCCUCUGGAAGCAGCAGGGACUAACUGCAGCAGCCAGCCCGAGACCACAGUGGGACAAAUAUAAACAAACUGAAAAAAGGGGAAACACAGGAGGGAGGAUAAAGCUGCAGAGAGAGAGAGAGAGAGAGAGAGAGAGAGAGAGAGAGAGAGCUGAAAUGGACGGAGGAGAUUGGGAAGGGGUGUCUCAGCCCCUCUGCAGACUGUGCUUAGAGUGUUGCAUGCCACAUCCUGGUAGGUGUGGGACAAAGCACAGACAAACAGCUCAUGUUUUUACUCUUCACUCGGAGUUGAAAGGAGUGGAAUAGAAUGUUGAGCCAUGCUUGACUACUUGAGUUUACAUGCAUCGAAUUAUGCAGCAUUCAAUGUUAUUAUGAAGUGACUGUAUGAGCAAGCAGAGCAUCCAGCUGCCGGAUUAAGACUUGAUUGUGCUGGUAUUCAGCCUGACUGUAAUGCUAUAUUGCUCACAGUUAUCUGAGGCAGCACGGCACUUCCCAAUAUAGAGCCACUCACACUAAAAAUGCAGCCAUGUGCCACUGUCAGACACCUUGGACAGAGGCAUCCAGUUAAUGUUAUUUGACAUUAUGAAGCUGUGGAUAUGGGCUUUUGAAAUAUGUUUACUGACAUUCAGCAUGGGAAUCUUCAGAAGCACUUCUGCCUACAUGAAGGCUUUCUCAAAUGAGAAAAAAAAUGAUCAAAAUUGGCUAGUGGAAGUUCAUAGAAGUGGCGUGAAGAAGGAGGACAGAAAUGUAAUUUAAGAUAAACAAAGAACAUGUUUAUGAACGUCUUCAGCCGACCGUUAAAACAUGUGAGGGUAUGCUGGCUGUGUGCAUGACAUGGAAACGAGGCUUGAACUAAGAAAAAAUCUGUCCAGCUUAUAAAUUUUGCCUGGAGAGAUGGACUCAU